AUGAUUUACUUACAAAUUCCAUAUUUAAAUGCAGGGCAGAAUCUAGACAGUAUGCUCCAUGGCACUGGGAUGAAAUCAGACUCCGAUCAGAAAAAGUCAGAAAAUGGAGUAACCUUAGCACCGGAGGAUACUUUGCCUUUUUUAAAGUGCUACUGCUCAGGACACUGCCCAGAUGAUGCUAUUAAUAACACAUGCAUAACUAAUGGACAUUGCUUUGCCAUCAUAGAAGAAGAUGACCAGGGAGAAACCACAUUAGCUUCAGGGUGUAUGAAAUAUGAAGGAUCUGAUUUUCAGUGCAAGGAUUCACCAAAAGCCCAGCUACGCCGGACAAUAGAAUGUUGUCGGACCAAUUUAUGUAACCAAUAUUUGCAACCCACACUGCCCCCUGUUGUUAUAGGUCCAUUUUUUGAUGGCAGCAUUCGAUGGCUGGUUUUGCUCAUUUCUAUGUCUGUCUGCAUAAUUGCUAUGAUCAUCUUCUCCAGCUGCUUUUGUUACAAACAUUAUUGCAAGAGUAUCUCUAGCAGACGUCGUUAUAAUCGUGAUUUGGAACAAGAUGAAGCAUUUAUUCCAGUUGGAGAAUCAUUAAAAGACCUUAUUGACCAGUCACAGAGUUCUGGUAGUGGAUCUGGACUGCCAUUAUUGGUUCAGCGAACUAUUGCCAAACAGAUCCAGAUGGUUCGGCAAGUUGGUAAAGGACGAUAUGGAGAAGUGUGGAUGGGCAAAUGGCGUGGUGAAAAAGUGGCAGUGAAGGUAUUCUUUACCACGGAAGAAGCUAGCUGGUUUCGAGAAACAGAAAUCUACCAAACUGUGCUAAUGCGCCAUGAAAACAUACUUGGUUUCAUAGCAGCGGACAUUAAAGGUACAGGUUCCUGGACUCAGCUCUAUUUGAUUACUGAUUACCAUGAAAAUGGAUCUCUUUAUGACUUCCUGAAAUGUGCUACACUAGACACCAGAGCCCUGCUCAAGUUGGCUUAUUCAACUGCCUGUGGUCUGUGCCACCUUCACACAGAAAUUUAUGGCACUCAAGGAAAGCCUGCAAUUGCUCAUCGAGACCUAAAGAGCAAAAACAUCCUCAUCAAGAAAAAUGGAAGUUGCUGUAUUGCUGACCUGGGCCUUGCUGUUAAAUUCAACAGUACUAUCCUCUUUUCUCAGUCACCAAACUUACUUGAAAUGCUAAAUAGUUGGUAUAUUUUGUCCAGCCAUUAUUUUUGUGCCCACUGUGUUCUGCCACUCCCUACAGGGAUAGUAGAAGAGUACCAAUUGCCAUACUACAACAUGGUACCCAGCGAUCCAUCCUAUGAAGAUAUGCGUGAGGUUGUGUGUGUCAAACGUUUGCGGCCACUUGUGUCUAAUCGAUGGAACAGUGAUGAAUGUCUGCGAGCAGUUUUAAAGCUAAUGUCAGAAUGCUGGGCCCACAAUCCAGCUUCCAGACUUACAGCAUUGAGAAUCAAGAAGACACUUGCCAAGAUGGUUGAAUCCCAAGACGUAAAGAUCUGACAGUCUGGAGGAGGAACUCCAGACUGCAAGAACUGUUUUUACCCAAGGAAUGGGUAGAAUUAGGAUGGACUAAAGAUGUUAACUUGGUUCUCAGACUCUCUCCUCAAGACACAUUCACAGGCUGCUAAUAUUAAACCUUUCAGUACUCUUAUUAGAAUACAAGCUGGGAACUUUGUAUAUGGACAGCUUUAUUUUAAAUGUGGUUUUUGAUGCCUUUUUUUUUUUAAAUUAGGUUUUUAUGAACUGCAUCAAGACUUCUAUCAUGUUUAAUAAGUCUCCAGUCAAACCCUGGGUACUGAAUUGCCUGUUUAUAAAAUGGUGCUUUCUGUGAAAGCCUUAAGAAGAUAAAUGAGUUCAGCAGAAAUGGAGAAAUAUACGCUUUUGCCUUCUACCUGAGAAAAUUUAAUCUGUUUGAAUUCUACCUUUAUAGAACAGCCUAUAGAUUGUGGUCUGUUUGAGAUACUGCUUAGUUUACGGUAGUUUGUCAUGCCUUCCUUGAUAACGGAGUGUGUAUGUGUACACACACAUGCACACCAGGAUUCCUCUGCUGCCAUGUGAAUUAGAAGAAAAUAAUUUGUGAAUGCACAGGAAGAUAUCAGUGGCCAGUGGUUUUGUGCUUUAAAAAUGCAAUAUCUGACCAAGAUCCACCAAUCCUAUAAAAGCCAUUUACCUUGCAAGUGAGGUAGCUAGCCAGCCAACAUUAUUUUUUUAACAUAAAAUGUUGCUAUAAAGGCCAAAAGAAGUUUAAAGGGUGUAUAAAUUUAAACUAUUUUCCUUCCACAGCCAUCUUUGGGUGGUUUGUUUUCUUUUAAUUUUUUUUUCUGGUAGUUAUUUUUGUCAUGGAAAGCAUCCUGUGCAAAGUUGGAGCUCCCAGUGCUAUGAACCAUGUUUAUAAAGAAAGCACUUCCUAAUGAAGUGAAUUAACUGCAUUUGAUAGCAAUGAAAGUGCCUAUAACCAUGUUCUGUAUUCCUUAUUCUCAGUAACUUUUUAAAGGGAAGUUAUUUA